UCAAGCUCGGAAAAGAUGUCAUUCCAUUUACCAUCACCGCCCUCGUGCUCCAAGGCAGAAUAUCCCCCCCCCAAUCACCAACCAGCGACUUUGCGCAUCGCAAUGCUUCAAUCGUCCAUCUCUCUAUCUGUAUCUGCCUGCAUAAUCAAUCAACUGUGGACUACAUCUGCAUCUCCAUCUGCGCACAAUAGUCGGCGAAGAACAAACGGGGCAGUCAAUCAGGGAGCGCAACAACCGCAUCUCCAUCGAGGCUUAGCAGACGGCCAAAACCGCGAUGCAAAACAGCGGUAAGCAACAAUCUCCAUCAUUGGAUGGGACAAACAUCCUCUCCCAGCACUGGCACAGACCUCAGAGAUACCAUGAUACCUCCCUUUUCAUAUCUCGUGGUACAUCAUUCAUCUGGCUAAAUAGUACUCGGUCUCGGUACCAGAUAUGCCAUGCCCCAUGUUUUCUUUGCUUCUGCUCUGCCUCCGAGGAAAAUCUGGACCCUGGCCCUGGGAAUCUCGAGAUAUUUUUUUCCUUCCCUUUCGCAAAACCCCAGGACCCCUGAAACCCACCGACGCACAGCAGUCCACCCAUACGCAAAGCCGAAAUGAUCCCAUGCAAGGUCACACUACCGAGUCUGAUGUGGAUUUACCCAAUACAGUGGCACGAGGCUGGGCCUCGUCUCCUGGGAAAGAAACAUUUAUUAUUGUUGCCCAUCGACGGACCCGCAUGAAAACAAUUGAUCCUGGAAGAAUUUCUCCCUCUUCUUGAGAACUUUCCGAUCACGAAGUACCU